AUGGGGCGCGGACCGUGGCUGCUCUGGCUGCUGCCGGCGCUGGCGGGGGGGCAGCCGCUGGCAGCCGAGGACGCGGCGUACGAGGAGCGGCGGGUGACGGGGGUGCGGGGCCAGGCGCUGGAGCUGAGCUGCGGUCCCACGGCCUCGGCCCCGCCGGCCGCCGUCUUCUGGAGCUUCGCGGCGAGCGGCUCCGGGCCGCCGCGGGCCGUGGCCGUGGGCUCGGGGCGGGAGGCGGCGGUGGCGGCGGACUCGGCGGCUCUGGGCCGGGUGUCGCUGCGGAACGGGACGCUGGAGCUGCGGGAGCUGCGGGAGGGAGCCCGGGGCCGAUUCCUCUGCCAGGGACUCUUCCCGGAGCGCGGGCGGCUCCGCGUCGCCUACGCCGCCGUCCUGCUCCGCGUCCUGGUGCCCGUCUCCAAGCCCUUCGUGCGGCCGACGGCGGCGGCGGCGGCGGAAGGGGCUGCGGUGGCCCUGACCUGCGCCGUGCGGGAGGGGACGGAGCCGCUGAGCUUCUCCUGGCAGCACCUGCAGCCCCGGGGGAGUCCCUCAGCAUCCCCCCCGCGGCUGGGGGACUCCGGGGCAGAGCUGCGCCUGACGCCAGCCAACCGCAGCCACGCCGGCUGGUACAUCUGUACCGUGGGCAACGAGGUCAACAACCACACCAGCGAGCCCGUCUACCUGGACAUCGUCUAUGGUCCCGACGAGCCAGCCAUCAGCGUGGAGCCCUUCUCCCCCGAGCACGGGGGCUUCUCUGCGGGCGAGCGGGAGGACGUGGUGCUGAGCUGCCUGGCUCCCUCCAACCCCCCCAGCCGUUACAUCUGGCUCCACAACGGUUCCCAAGUCCACACCGGCCAGAUCUACGUGUUGGCAUCCAUCGCCCGUGCCCAGGCGGGCACCUACACCUGCCUGGCUGAAAACACCCACCUCCAAACCCGUACCCAGGCCACCAUCGUCCUCACCGUCUACUAUCCCCCAGCUGGGAGCCCCAGCUGCUCUGCCCUGGCCACCGGUGACCUGCGGGACGUGGCCCUGCAGUGCCGCUGGCUGGGCGGCUUCCCCCCGGCACGGCUGCGCUGGGUGGGCCCCGGGACCCCCGUGGAGGAGGAGGAGGAGGAAGAGGGGGUGAGAGGGACGACUUUUUCCAUGGCCACCAGCAUCCAGCCAGGGGUGGCCACCAGGAAUGGCAGCUCCUUCUCCUGCCUGGCCUCCCACCCCGCGCUGCCGCAGGGGGCUGCGUGUGGGGUCACUGUGUGGCUCCCAGCCGGCGGCCCCUCCUGCGCCGCGGCGGCCACCAAAGGCGACGAGUACGUGAUGCUGCGGUGCGGCUGGGAGGGGGGCACGCCGCCCGUCACCCUGCGCUGGUGGGACAGCGGGGGACACCCCUUGGGUGACCCCACACCCUCCACCGCCCUCCUGGUGCUGAGACCUGCCGCCAGCAGCGGUUUGAGGGGCCGGGGUUUCACCUGCCAGGCCGCCCACCCGCUCCGGGCCAGCCGCACCGAGUGCCGCCUGCGGCUCGGUAAGCUGGGGCCGUCCCUGCUGUGCUCAGCCCUGUGAUGGGGGCACAGGGAGCUGCAGCUUUCUGUUGCUCACGUCUCCCCCUUUUCUCCCCACGCAGAGGUGCCGGCGCUGGAGGUGGAGAGGAGCGAGGUGGCGGUGCUGGAGGGCGGCGAGGCGCGCUUGGCGUGCCGGCACCGCGGCGACGGGGCGGCUCUGGGUGCCACCGUGGCUUGGUACGACCCAAAGGGACGGGAGGUGACGCUGGGGUUGGCCAAGUACCGCUUGGAGCGGGGAGGAACGUGGCUCAACCUCACGCUCCGGGAAGCCGAGUGGCCUGGGGACGGCGGGACCUACCGCUGCGCCGCCGCCAACGCCGUGGGCACCGCCAGCCUCGCCGUCCGCCUCCGCGUGGAACGGUACCCGGCUCCCCCCAACGUCACCAUCAGCAAGCUGCGCUACACGCGGGCGCGCACCGAGGUGCGGCUGGAGUGGCGGACUCAGGGCGCCGGGAACCUCACGGGCUUCGUGGUGCAACGGCGUCAGGCCAAGAAACUGCCCCGGCGGGUGCCAGGCCCCUGGGAGACGGCCGCCGGUGACAUCGAGCCCCAUUUCCGCGACCGGCGCCUGGGGGGGUUGGACCCGGCCGUGCUUUACGCCUUCAGGGUCCUGGCCGUCAACCACCGGACGGCCGGGCACCCCUCCGAGGUGCAGACGCCAGCCGAGCCUCCCUUUGAAGCCUACCCAGCGGUGACGGGGGCCGCGGUGGCAGGGAUGCUGGUGGCCACCGCAGCGUCUCUCCUGGCCGUGCGCUGGGUCGCCCACCACCGCGCUGCCCUCCCGCGGCUGCACGACCUGCUGUUCCGCACGGCCGGGCCCGGCGCACGGCGGCCCAGCGGCACCCCGGAGGAUGCCGAAGCGACGGCAGGCGGAGAGGAUGGAGCAGCGGCGGCCCCGGGAGCCCCCGGCGCAGAGCCGCUCUCAGCGCUGCCCGACAGCCCCGACGAGCCCCCGCUGAACGCGCCCACCGGCACCGCGACGGCUCCGCCGUGACCGCACCGGCUGAUGCUCUUUCGGGCCCUUUAUUUCCUCCCCUUCCCUCCCCCUCGUGUCGCGCCGCGGCCACUGCAGCACCCGCUC